ACCUUAAUAUAUCCCUUUUUUCCAUUUAUAAUCCUCCCACUCCCUCUUCUCUUUCUCUUUCACCACCGCAAUACACCACACGUCCACACCGCUCUGUUCCCCUCCAUUGCUCCACUCUCACAUUUCCUUCUUCUCUCAUCUCACAUGUGGCCACCCUGGUUGAGCUCACCGAGCAGGUUCCACAACUCGCCUUCACCCUCACCGUCGCCGUCACCGUCACCGUCGCAUCCGCAUUCUCGUGCCCGCUCCACCAGCUUCUCCUGCUCUUCCUUCAAAGACAUUCAAAGCCUCCUCGAAGAUAACCCCGAACCAGAACCCCCCAAAUCCCCCUCCACCUCCCUCUUCCGCCGCAUCCGCAUCUCCACCGCCGUCCUCCGCGCCUGGGGCGCCCCACGCGCCGCCGCAGUCACACUCCCUCCAGGCCUCGACCAGCGCGUGGUCGUCUACUUCACCAGCCUCCGCGUCGUCCGCCGCACCUUCGACGACUGCAAAACCGUCCGAUCCAUCCUCCGCGGCCUCCGCGUCGCCGUCGACGAGCGCGACGUCUCCAUCGACGACCGGUUCCUCGACGAGCUCCACGGGAUCCUCGGCCGCCGCAGUGUUACACUCCCAAAGGUCUUCGUCGGCGGCAUCUGCGUCGGCGGCGCCGACGAUGUACGGCAGAUGCACGAGAGCGGCGAGCUGCAGCGUUUGAUCGAACGGUUGCCAAGGUCGAAUCAGAAAGGUUGUGAUUGCUGUGGAGGGCUCAGAUUCGUCGUGUGUGAUGAGUGUAGCGGAAGUCAUAAAGUGUUCACGGAGAAGAACGGGUUCAGAAGCUGCUCAUCUUGCAAUGCCAACGGCUUGAUCAGGUGCCCUGCAUGUUUCUUCGUGCUCCCGCGUCACACCAGAUAGUUACACUCUCUCUCUCUUUCUCUUAUUUAGUUACAGCUCACAAACAACUCAGCUAUAAGAGACAUAGAGAAUGGGAAUGAAUUAACUAUUGUGCUUAAUAACUGUAUAAUCAAGUUAGUUUAAUCAUCUAGUAUUAUUAUUAUAUGAUUUGGUAUUAGGAGCCAGCUUUGAUUUUGUUAUCAUGCUAUUCUACAGUUAUGGUUCACAUGAAGUAAUUAGAUCACACUAUUCCUA